UAAAUUACUCUCUUUUCUUCUUUUCCUUCGUGAGCCGCACCCGUCCUCCUUGCCAUCUUGCUGCCGAGCACCCCCAGCACCCUCGCUCGUCUUCCUCCUCGCGCGAGCGCCGCCACCGCCGGUUGAUCUUCCCUUCGAUCAUCUCGCUUCAGACCGCUUCUCCUUCCAUCACACCCCGAACGGAUUCCGCCCGUUAGCUCCCCGUUUCAUCUCCUUAAUCUUCCCCAAUUCGCAACUGAGGAAGAAAUCAAGGUAGGGCGGCCGCUCUACCUUGCCCUUCCGGGUCCUCCGCCCGUGGGCAAGAUGAUCGGCGUGGGGAAGGCGAAGCAGUACGCCAACGUUCUCGACAAGCCCCUCAGCCGUGGCAGACAGGAGGUCAGUUUGAGUGCGUUUGCAUUCUUGUUCUCGGAGUUGGUUCAAUACAACCAGACACAAGUUGACAACAUUGCUGAGCUGGAACGAAGGUUGGAGGAUGCUGGUUAUGCUGUUGGUGCAAGAGUUCUCGAACUUCUAUGUCACAGGGAGAAGGGGAAUAGACGAGAGACUCGAUUGCUGGGGAUUUUAUCAUUCAUUCACAGCACUGUAUGGAAAGUAUUGUUUGGAAAGGUGGCUGACUCACUUGAGAAAGGAACAGAACAUGAGGAUGAAUAUAUGAUUAGUGAAAAGGAGCUUCUCGUCAACCGGUUCAUUUCUGUGCCAAAAGAUAUGGGGGCAUUCAAUUGUGGAGCUUUUGUCGCAGGGAUUGUAAGGGGUGUAUUGGAUAAUGCUGGCUUUCCUGCGGUAGUUACGGCGCAUUUUGUGCCAAUUGAAGGCCAGCAGAGGCCCAGGACAACAAUAUUGAUUAAAUUUGCUGAAGAGGUUUUACACCGGGAAGCAAGACUCGGCUGAAAUUUAUGCUUUCUGUGUACAACACACAUCUUUCUGUUCUGUUUGUAAGAUGAAUCUAUAUCAGAUAUGUUUUGGAGACUCUCGAGUCUCUUCCUCCACUUGAUUUAUGUAAUACUAGUAGUUUGAGAAUAGAAUUGAUGAAUGGUGAGAUUGCCUAUAAUUCUUAUCAUUAUUGUUUGGAACGGUAAAAGAUCACCAAGCUAAUUGCUCCUGUAACUGGAAAUAUUUGCUUAAUUAUACCUUGUACGGUUGGAGCAUCUGAGAAGUGUUGAAAUAAAGGUCACAUUCCUUCAUAUUA